AAGGACAUAGGAUCUGAAAGGGUCAAAAGAUCAACGGACUUUGGUAUUCGACGUUUAACAUUCGUCAAGCAAAAUUCAAACAUUGAAACAGUAGAUAUAUGGUCAUUGGUCAUAGUAUGUCAAAUAUAAUUAUUGGAUACUGAAGAUAAAAAGUAAAAAAAAAUGGACGUUAAGCAGGACAUUUAUCAAAUACUGCUGUUGUUAUUUACCAUACAAUUUUCUACCACGUUUGGUAAUCAUGAAGAAGACUUGUUUGAAUUGACAUCAGCCAGCGAUAGCCCGGGUUUGCAGUACGAACUCAUAAAUAAUCGACAGUGUGAUCCGAAGUCAGAAUUUUCGUGUAAGAACGGUCGGUGUAUACCGAAGUUGUGGGUUUGCGAUUUCGACAACGAUUGCGGCGAUGACUCAGAUGAACCAGCCUACAUGUGCCGACAAAGGAACUGCACGACCGGAUGGCAGAGGUGUCCGGGAAAGACCAAUUACCGAUGCAUACCAAAAUGGUUGUUCUGCGACGGUAAGGAUGAUUGCCGUGACGGUUCGGAUGAGUUACCGGAGAACUGUCCGAAGUGCCAAGCGGACUACCAGUGUAAGAACAACAGGUGCAUACCUAAGAGAUGGUUGUGUGACUUCGAGAACGACUGUGGUGACAACUCAGAUGAGUCGGAAGACCUGUGUAAAGGACUGUACCGGCAUUGUUCGGAGUCUGAGUUCCAGUGUUCUAACGGCAAAUGCAUACCAGGCCAGUGGAGAUGCGACCACGAUGACAAUUGUGGCGACAACUCAGAUGAACUCAACUGCGGUGGGUUCCAGUGCAAGAAUGGCACGUUCCAGUGCAAGAGUGGCCAUUGCAUAGCAUCAUACUUCCGAUGCGACGGUGACAGAAACUGUCGAGACUUCAGCGAUGAAAUCGGCUGCCCGCCUAGAUACCCCGAAGACCGGUACUGUCCUAAGUCCAAAUUUGAGUGCAAGACUACCAAGUUAUGUGUUUUUAACUCCGAAAUCUGUGAUGGCGAAGACGAUUGUGGCGAUGGCUCUGACGAAGCGUCUGAACUCUGCUCCAAUAUGAGUUGUACACUCGACAACCGUUUCUCUUGCGACAACAAACACUGCAUACCGAUGUACCAGCGUUGCGACGGCGUGGACAAUUGCGGAGACGGUUCUGACGAAAACGUACUGAGCGUUUGCGGUAUGAUACAUAAUAUCAGACAGUGUGAUCAUUACACAGAAUUCACGUGUGCUAAUCGCGAAUGCAUCAACAAAUCAAAACUAUGUAAUCUCCAGUAUGACUGUGAAGAUCUGUCUGACGAAAAAGGAUGCCACUAUUCAGGCACGUGCUUAGAAUCUACAAAAGGUGGUUGUGAACACUAUUGUUUGAACGUGACGUCAGGAAAAGGAUUCAGCUGUGCCUGUUACGCUGGAUACGAGAUUGGAGAAAACAGCAAAAAAUGCGAAGAUUUGGACGAAUGUCAGUUGGGACUUCACCAUUGUUCCCAAGACUGUACGAACAUAAACGGCUCGUUUAUUUGUUCAUGUCGUGAAGGUUUUGUGUUGAGCGAUUUGUUUAGCGGUGCAUGUAAGGCCGUGGAUCCGAUGUUGACUAUAGUAUAUACCAAUGGUCCUGAAUUACGUGGAUACGAAUCUAACAAGAGGAAACACUUGUCGAUUCUCAGUAACGAAAAACGUAUACGAGCUAUUGAUUUCGAUCCGAAAUCCGAAAUACUUUAUUGGGCUGAUUCAUAUGACCAGUCGAUAAAACGUUCGUACAUGAUAAACGCCAAGAGCGGACAAGUUAAAGUGGGAUACUCACAAGAUCUGGAUAUCAAAGGUUCGUUUAAGCCUGUGGCGGUCGCCAUAGAUUGGAUGGGUGACAAUCUCUAUUGGGCUGAAGUCGAUCUAUCGAAAGAGGAUAAGCCAGCAGGCCGAAUAAUGGUCGCCAAACAAGACGGAAGAUACAGAAGAUCAAUUGUUAGCAGCGGAUUGGACACUCCUUCCUCUCUGGUCUUGGAUCCCGAAAUGGGUAAAAUGUUCUGGGCGGACGUUGGAGAAACCCCAAAAAUCAAAAUGUCUUGGAUGAAUGGAUCCAGACAAAUUUCAUUGGUGACGACUAGACUGCACUACCCCACAGGACUGACCAUCGACACAGCUAUGGACCAUUCUUUAUAUUGGGUGGAUACCAAGCUUAAUGUCAUCGAGUCAAUUAAAUACGACCAAAAGAACAGAGUUGUCGUGAUACGUGGAGAACAUCUACAUCACCCUAUAUCGCUGGAUCUGUUCGAAAAUCAACUGUACUGGUUGUCUAGGGAAACUGGUGAAUUAAUUAAGCAAGAUAAAUUCGGCCGCGGUGUUCCAGUCACCAUUGCUAAGGACUUAGUGAAUCCGACUGGUGUUAAAGUUUACCAUCGGCAAAGAUAUAAUUAUACAAUGCCAAAUAUGUGUCAAUCGGCCGGAUGUUCUCAUCUUUGUCUAUUGGUACCUGCGGGUGUAUAUUGUGCAUGUCCAGACCACACUCAUGUACAGCAAGGUGUCAGUGAAAAAAUAUGCGACGCUGCCGAAGAACAGCCGAAACCAGCACCGCGAAUUUGUCGCUGUCAAAACGGUGGUAUUUGCACCGAAGACUCACCGGAUGGUGAACUCAAUUGUUUGUGUCAACCUGACUUUAGCGGUCGUGUAUGUGACAUCACUUCAAAACGGAUCAGGCGACAGGGUAUUUUCAGUUCCAUGCUUAUCAUUCCAUUGACUGGGCUAUUAUUGCUAUUAGUCGCUGGUGCGAUUUUCAUUUUCAUUCGUAAGAGACCAUUUGGUAAGGGAGCAGUACUUGGUAGCUUGACCAACUCUCAGAGCGUGUCAUUCAGACAAGGGACGAAUGUCGAGUAAGGUCCCAACGCAUUCAACAACGGUCCAGGAGGAGGGGAGCCAUUGGACUAAGUUAAGUUACGAAUUUUCAUGAAAAUAAUAACUAAGUUAAGUUAAAAGUUAAGUUACUUUUAUUUUUUUAAAUACCUUUAACUUAUAAACGUUUUUUUAUCUCAUCGGAGGAAAACAACUGGUUUUGGUAUAAAGUAAAACAAAUUAAUAACAAAUGCACACAGGGGCGUAUUUAGGUAGGGGCUAUGGGUCCCGUUGCCCAGAGCGGCAAAUUUUUAAAGAUUUAGUGGGGCGGCAAAUUUUUAUUUUUAUUUAACAAAUUAUUCGUUUGUCGUCACACAAGUAGGUAUUUUGAAAGAUUUACUAAUUUAUUUAUAAUAUUUUUUCACUCUUAACUGGUACAAAAAUGUUGCUUAAAUGUCUAAUUAUACCUUCCUAAUUGAAUGUAACAUUACAAUUUUAAAUUAGUAUAUAUACAUUAUAUACACUAUAUUAGUAAAUACAUUUACUGUUGAGGGGGGGGGCGACAAAUAUGUGUUUCCCCUAUCCUGAAAUUCCUAAA